AUGUUGAGGAUGCCGUGUCUUCCAUCUAUGGAGGAAAAGCCGGGACACAAGAGGAGUCAGUGCUGGAUCCUACACCCCCAUUUGAAGCCGGCCAAGUUCAACAAGGAGAGAGAGGGAAGAGCUCACCUUUCUGCAGAGACAAGUGAAGCUGGCGCAUCAGGAGCUGGCUCAUCUGGUCUUGCGGGUGAAAGUGAAGGAAGAGCCUUAACCUCUCACCACCAAGGAGCUGUGAAGAACAUGGAUCAUGAGGUGAUCAAGAAGUCAGACAUUGAUGCCUUGAUCAAAGCCCUUAAAGAGUCUGGAUAUUGAAAGCAGUAAGUUGAUUGGGCAAGGAGUAACCAAAGGAGAC